AUGGCACACGCUCCUCCACAUCCGCCCGACGGCAGUGGCGCUGGCGCCAGAGGAGGACCGGGAGCUCUAUAUGGCUUUUCCGACUUUGACUUCGGCUCUUUCCAGGACAUGACCGGCCAGACGCAUGCCUCCUCGACCAUGCCCAUGGGCGACGCCGGCAACGCUCUCAUGCUCGACAGCACCAUGCUCGACUCGUUCACCGACAUGCCCAUCGACUUUGAUCCCAUCGACGGGAAUGCCAUGGCCGGCUUUGGCCCCGCCGGCUUGGAUCCUGCUGCCACCAACGCCGCCGCCGAAAACCCUCCCGUCGCCGGCCCGAUCGAUAACAGCGCCGACGUCGCCGCCGUCGCCGCUGUCGCCGCCGCCGAGAACCAGUUUAACAUUACCGCCAACAACGUCCCCGGCGCCGGCCCCUUGCCCGUAGCCUCGUUCGGCCAGGCCGGCACGGCCGGCGGUGGAACUGGCGGCAGCGGCGGCAGCACGGCCCUGACCGAGUUCACCAAGCGCCGCAAUUGGCCCGCCAAGGUCAUUGAGGAGGUCAGGGACCUGGUGCACAUACUCGACGCGGACGGCCGGGUCAAGUAUUCCUCGCCCAGCGUGACAGCCCUGCUGGGCUACGCGCCCGAAGACGUGCAAGACCGCCUGCUCAAGGACCUGAUCCAUCCGGGCGACCAGGGCGUCUUCGUGUCGGAGCUCAACGAGUCGAUAGCGUCGGGCGCCUCCAUGCGCAUCUUCUACCGCAUGCGCAAGAGCGACCAGUCGUACGUCGUUCUCGAGGCCACCGGCCACGCCCACAUCGCUGCGGCCAAGUACGCCCCCAACCCGAACAACCAGUCGCCCUUCUGCCAGGCUGUAUUCGUCAUGGCCAGGCCCUAUCCCACCAAGAAUGCCGGUCUGCUCGACUCGUUCCUCGAGCACAAGGUGGAGAAUGAGCGCCUCAAGCGCCGCAUAGCCGAGCUGCGCAUGGAGGAGGACGCCGAAAAUGACGAGGCGCACAGGGACUGGCUCCAACGGAGGGAGUCGGAUAUAUCUCAGUCGGGCAGCUUAUCCAGGACCUCGGCCUCGGCCUCGGCCGACGGGUCUCGUACCGAGCGCGCAAACGCAUCUGCUGCCGCCCUCAACGGUCCCCUGACCAGGGAGAACCUAGAGGGUGCAUUCAGCAACGGCAACCGUCCGGACUCGCUGCGUGACAAGAUGGUGCGGUACGAGGGCGCCUACACGGAUACCAUCGAGAUGCUCACGGGCCUGCGAUACGUCGAGGGGGAGCGGAGCAGAGGUAUAACCACGGGCAACGCCAGCCCGACCUUGAUCAAGGGGGAUGCCGGUAUUGCCAUUCCGGUUGAUAGGGAUCCCAGGACGGGCGAGAAGAAGAAGAAGCUCAAGGCGUCGGAGGAAUAUGUCUGCACCGACUGUGGUAUGGUUCCCCUCCCCUCCCUCUCACCCUCACACGUGCGCACCCUCUCUUCUCCGGGAACCAAGACUGACAAGGACCAAAUAGGCACCCUCGACUCCCCCGAAUGGCGAAAGGGCCCCAACGGACCGAAGACCCUGUGCAACGCCUGCGGUCUGCGCUGGGCGAAGAAGGAGAAGAAGAAGAAUACCGGAAACAGCCAUGCGCCUCCCUAG